ACUGGGGCGGGGCGGGCCGGAGCGCCGCGAAGGGCGGCGGAGGGCUGCGGGCUCCCGGCUGCGGGCAGCCGUGGAACAUGACGGCCGGCCGCCAGGCCGAGGGCGCGGACCUCGACCCUGCCUCCACGCGGCUGCCCUCCCGGCUGGCCAAGCUGCUGUCGGCGCUUUUCUACGGGACUUGCUCCUUCCUCAUCGUGUUGGUCAACAAGGCACUGCUGACCACCUCGCUGUUUCCUCUGCCUCUCCUCUACGUUGGAAACCACAUAAGUGGAUUAUCAAGCACAAGUAAAUUAAGCUUGCCGAUGUUCACCGUGCUCAGGAAAUUUACCAUUCCACUCACUUUACUCCUGGAAACCACCAUACUUGGGAAACAGUAUUCCUUGAGCAUCAUUGUCAGUGUUUUUACCAUUGUGCUUGGUGCUUUCAUAGCAGCUGGUUCUGACCUCGCCUUUAACUUGGAAGGCUAUAUUUUUGUAUUCCUGAAUGAUAUCUUCACAGCAGCAAAUGGAGUUUAUACCAAACAGAAAAUGGACCCCAAGGAGUUGGGGAAAUAUGGAGUGCUUUUCUACAAUGCCUGCUUCAUGAUUAUACCGACUCUUAUCAUUAGUGUCUCUACCGGAGACCUUCAACAGGCUACUGAAUUCAAUGAAUGGAAGAAUGUUCUCUUUAUCGUACAGUUUCUUCUUUCCUGUUUUUUGGGGUUUCUGUUGAUGUAUUCCACAGUUCUGUGCAGCUUUUACAAUUCGGCCCUCACAACAGCAGUGGUUGGAGCCAUCAAGAAUGUAUCCAUUGCCUACAUUGGAAUGUUAAUUGGUGGAGACUAUAUUUUCUCUAUGUUAAACUUUGUAGGGUUAAAUAUUUGCAUGGCAGGGGGCUUGAGAUACUCCUUUUUAACUCUGAGCGGCCAGUUGAACCCUAAACAACCCGUGGACGAAGAAAACAUUCCUCAGGCUUUGAAGAGUUAGAAUCUGAGGCAGGAUUGCGGACUGGGACCAUAGGCGGGGCGGGGCGGGACUGAGGGGCGGGGCUGGGGGUGGGGCAUCCCCGCUGUAGGAACCUGAAGCCAGACGUUUUGGUCACGGACAACACUCAGACACCCGGUGAAAGCACAGCAGGAGCGUCUGCCAACUGCGAAAAGAAUCUACCUCACAUGCUGCUGCACAGCGAGCCAUCGCCAGCCCUGGGAAGCUUAUUUGGGCAAAGCCUUACCCUCUGAAAGCGAAUCUUUCAGAGGAAACCAAUGAGAAAAGGGACCGCAACCAAGGAUUUUGGGCGGGCAGAGAACUGAUUGGUCGGCCAGCCGCAUCUCUGAGCUGCUGUCCCCCUCAGUACCAUGUGCAUUUAAGAGGACGGAAAUGGCCGACGGUGUGAGAGUCAUUAUUAUCAGCACCUUGGCCUUAAUUUCAAGGAUCCCAGACAAAGCAGAGUGCCAGUGAGAACAGUUUUCUUUUCAGUUUAAACAAACAUGUCCUUAUUUUAAUAAAAUUAGCCCAUCAACUACAA